CCACUUUCUUUCUUAUUUCCACUAUAAAUAUCCCCAUAUUUGCAGUGCAUCUUCAUCUCCCACCACCACUUCCAACCUCCACAACAACAACCACCACUUCCAACCUCCAAAACAACAACCACCACCACAACAACCACGUACCAAUGGAAAAUCCCACUACUUGGGCUGCAUACAUAGCAGCAUGGAUAGCCACCCUAGCUCUUUUUCUCCUCUCCUCCCACCUCCGUCGCCGGAAACUCAACCCACCGCCCGGCCCAAAACCGUGGCCGAUCAUCGGAAACCUGAACCUCAUCGGAUCCCUCCCGCACCGCUCCAUCCACGGCCUCUCCCAAAAGUAUGGACCCAUAAUGCAACUCAAAUUUGGGUCCUUCCCUGUCGUGGUCGGCUCCUCCGUCGACAUGGCCAAGGUUUUCCUCAAGACCAUGGACGUCACUUUCGCUUCCCGCCCAAAAAAUGCAGCCGGCAAGUACACAACCUACAACUACUCCGACAUCACAUGGUCCCCUUACGGACCAUAUUGGCGCCAAGCUCGGAAAAUGUGUCUCAUGGAGCUUUUUAGCGUCAAAAGACUCGAGUCAUACGAGUACAUCCGGACCGAAGAAAUGAACUCUCUUCUUCAAGACCUAUAUAAAUCUUCCGGCAAGCCGGUCACUUUGAAGGACCAUCUGUCCACGGUGAGUCUGAACGUGAUAAGCCGGAUGGUGCUCGGAAAGAGGUACUUGGACGAGACAGACAAUGACGUGGUAUCACCGGACGAGUUCAAGAAGAUGUUGGAUGAGCUGUUCUUGUUGAAUGGUGUGUUUAACAUCGGUGACUCCAUACCUUGGAUUGAUUUCUUGGACUUGCAGGGGUAUAUAAAGAGGAUGAAGACAUUGAGCAAGAAGUUUGAUAGGUUUUUGGAGUAUGUGUUGGAUGAACACAAUGCUAGGAGGAAGGAAGUGGAGAACUAUGUGGCUACAGAUAUGGUGGAUGUGCUUUUGCAGCUGGCUGAUGAUCCUGACCUGGAAGUGAAGCUUGAGAGGCAUGGUGUCAAGGCUUUUACUCAGGACCUACUUGCUGGUGGUACUGAGAGCUCGGCAGUGACUGUAGAAUGGGCGAUUUCAGAGCUACUAAAGAAGCCGGAAAUCUUCAAAAAGGCAACGGAAGAGCUGGACCGGGUUAUUGGAAAAGAGAGAUGGGUAAAAGAGAAGGACAUGCCAAGCCUACCCUACAUUGAAGCUAUCAUCAAAGAGACAAUGAGAUUGCACCCGGUGGCACCGAUGCUGGUGCCACGACUAGCACGAGAAGAUUGUAAGGUAGCUGGGUACGACAUCUCCAAAGGAACCCAAGUGCUCGUGAACGUGUGGACUAUUGGAAGGGACCCUGCAUUGUGGGACAACCCCAACGAAUUCUGCCCCGAUAGGUUCAUUGGGAAGGCGAUCGAUGUCAAGGGACAAGACUUUGAGUUAUUGCCAUUUGGGUCGGGAAGGAGGAUGUGCCCGGGUUAUAGUCUCGGACUAAAGGUGAUUCAAUCGAGUUUGGCCAACCUUCUGCACGGAUUUACAUGGAGAUUGCCGGAUGAUAUGAAGGUAGAGGAUCUGAAUAUGGAGGAAAUUUUUGGACUUUCAACACCCAAAAAGUUCCCACUUGACACUGUAGUUGAGCCUCGGCUUCCUCUUCGUAUGUAUUCUGUGUGAUAGUAGCAGGGACCUGGUCUAUUUUAAAUAAUUACUAGUAUUGGGAAUUUUAUGUUGUAUUACUAUAUAUAAUGCUAGUAGAGCAGCUGUCUGACUACCUAAGUUUCUGAUACUCUGUAUCCAUGUUUAAUGUUGUUUGCCAUCCGAAACAAAACAUCUGUUUCUUGCUA